AUGGUCAAGUGGAAAUUACUAGCAAUUAUAUUUAUUAUUUUCACCGUUUGUACCUAUUUAAAUAGUAUUUUAAAACAGCACAUUAAUUAUUUAACCGAUGACACUAAAAGCACUAUUAUAAAAACAUUGGUUUUUAUUCAUAUACAAAAAACAGCCGGUUCUGAAUUUGAACGCUCAAUUGUUCGUCGACUUCAUUUUGGAUCACAGCCAAGUUGCCGAUGCCCAAUGAGAUCUCGAUUUAAUCGAACUACACGUUUUCAUAUAAAACUAAAAUGCAAUUGUUCAAGAAAUAAUGAGCCAUGGCUUAUCAGUCGAUUUAGUGUUGGAUGGUUAUGCGGAGUACACGCUGAUUGGAUUACUUACCAUCGAUGUUUACCACCAAAAAUGAAUUUUGAAUAUGGAUUUCAUCAACGGAAAUUCAUCUAUGCAACACUUCUGCGUGAGCCAGUGACACGUUUCAUUAGUGAAUAUCUUCAUACACUUCGUGGAGCAAAUUGGCUUUCGGAACGAUCGUCAUGUCAAAAAGCGCAACAACUUCGAAACCAAAGUGCUUGUUGGAAAAAUACAAAUCUAACCGAUUUUAUUCUAUGUCCAUUUAAUUCCGCCAUAAAUCGUCAAACUCGCAUGUUAUCAUCAUCCAUAAAUAAUUGUUUAUCAUCAUCAUUUACUUAUUCCAAUUUAAUUGAUUUAAAGACGGCAAAGAAAAACCUGGAAUCAAUGGAAUUCUUUGGUCUAACCGAAUAUCUUUAUCUAAGCCAACGUUUAUUUGAACGGGUAGCAUACUGUAAAUUAAUUCGAACAUGUUCGUUUCAAUCUUAUCUUGAACAAAACUCUAUUAAUAAUCAAACUUAUGAUUAUAUAGAAAAAGACUUAAUAUCGAAUGAUUUGAAUCGCAUAAAGCAAAUAAAUAGCGAUGAUAUUGAAUUGCCAGCUGGUCCUGACAUUCUAUUAACAUCAGCAUCAACUACACCGUUUCGUAUUCAAAAUUAUCGUACACUAGCUUAUGUUGUUAUAACACUUGUUUAUCUUGUUAUCGGUGCAGCUAUAUUUGAUAGAUUAGAAUCAACACAAGAAGCUAUUCGUCAUGCUAAUUUAACAGCACGUAUUGCUGCAUUUCAACAGCAACAUAAUAUGAGUGAUGGUGACUUUAUAAAUUUAACUCGAACUGUUGAAUUACGUUUGCAGUAUCGUAAAAAACAGUGGAAAUUUAUUGGUUCAUUCUAUUAUGCCACAGUUGUUCUUGCUUUGAUCGGCUAUGGACAUGCUAUACCACAUACGAAAGCUGGACGCGCUGUUACAAUAGCCUAUGCAUUAAUAGGUAUACCAAUGUGGCUUAUCAUGAUUCAAAGUGUUGGUGAACGACUAAAUUCAUUGAUAAGAUUCGUUGUAAAACGUAUUAAGAGACGUAUUAAACGUAAACGAGAGCCACAAGUAACAGCGAUGGAACUAUUAACAUGUGAAGCAUUGUUAAUUCUAUUAACACUUGUAGCAGGAUCUUAUGUAUUUCAUCGAUAUGAGAGUUGGCGAUAUUUUGAUGCAUUUUAUUAUUGUGUAUUGACAUUAACAACAAUUGGUUUCGGAGAUUUAGUUCCUAUGCAAAAAGAAGAUUAUGGACGUAUUGGUUGGUUGUAUAUAUUAUUUUGUAUUAUGUUUAUUUUAACUGGUUUAACAGUAGUUGCUUCCAGUGGUAACUUGCUUAUUUUACGUUUUGUUGAAACAAACAGCAAGCGUUCACAACAUGAACGUUAUGAAAUGGAAGAACGUCGCCGUCAACAAGUCCGUAUUGUUGGUGAUGUGAUAUCAUCGAAUGGUCGUCUUGUUACAUUAGAAGAUGAUGAAGAUACGCCGUCAUUAAUUGGACCUGGUGAUGCACAACGUAUAACGAUGGGUCAUAGUACAAGUGAUUUAUCACUGUGUUCAUGUCGUGCUCAACCAUCAUUCUCAUCAUGUAUACCAAUAGCAUGGAAAACAAAAUUUAAGCGUAAACAUCAAAAUCUAUUACAACAAAAAGCAGGCUUACUGCAACCACAAAUGAUUGUUGUACAAUCGUUAAGAGAACAAAUUCUUGAUUCAUUAAGAGGAAAAACUGAAAUCGAUGAGAAUAUGGCUUUACAACGAUCGUACCUUCAGCUUGAUAAAAUUCUAAAAAGAAGUUCUAUAUAA